AUGUAUCUGGAGCCAGCAACAAACAACAGAUCCAGCACAGGUCUUCAGUUCUUUCUCAAGGCAGUGGAAAACUAUGGUUGGCCUUCAAGGGUCAGAGGUGAUAAAGGAGUUGAAAAUGUAGUGAUCGCAGAAACCAUGUUCAGCGUGAAAGGGACUGGAAGAGGCAGCUUCAUCGCUGGAAAAAGUGUGCACAAUCAAAGGAUUGAGCAUCUGUGGUGGGACGUCUGGACCAGUGUGACCCAUCUGUACUAUGAGGUGCUUCACAGCCUUGAGGAAGACAGCCUCAUAGACUUGUCUGACACUGUGCAUAUGUUUUGUGCACAUUAUGUGUUCCUUCCUCGGCUGGCAGAUGCUCUUCACACCUUUACUGGAGGGUGGGACAAUCAUCCUUUGAAGUCUGAAGGUGGACUCACGCCUAACCAGCUCUGGGUUCUAGGACACAUGCAGAACCCUGCUGGAGAAACUGAGGAAGACUUGCAGAGCCUGGCAUUGUAUGGAACUGACUGGGAGACAUUUGAUGGUGUCAGUGAAGAACCAUUUGGAGUUCAAGUUCCUGAAAAUGAGUGUCCUCUGUCUCCAGCUACUUUUGAAGCAGUGAAGUCCAUCAUCAAUCCACUUGCACCAUCCAGAACUUUUGGUAGAGACUUGUACGUAUCAAUGGUUCAGUGCAUUGAAAGCCUCUAA